AUGGCUUAUUCCUUGCUUCGAAAAAACACGGUGAAAUCCGUUUUACAUAGCAGUUGCUAUAAAAUACAGGAACCUUGGAGUAUUGCACAGCUUACCAAAAACUGGUACAUUACCAUGAGCCAAAUCAACAUGCCUUUCUUGGAAGAGCUUUCAUUUAGAAAUUAUGUAUACCUUAGAAAAUAUGGGACCACCAAGACUAGUCAGCUCCCCUCUGCAGAAUGCCUCAGAGUUGAAAGGGAAUAUGAAACGCAACGCCAGAGUUACCUGAAAUCUCAGAAGAAGCUUGCUGAGAGAAUUGGCUAUUCCCUGAGGGAUAGUGCAGUGGGCUUGAGAAGACCUCUGCUACCUAAGAGACAUGCAUCUCAAAAUUGA